AUGGUUCUUCCGACCACCCCUCUCUCCGCUACUAAGGACCCUAUAGAUUCGAGCACUGCUUCAUUAUAUGAAGUUACGCCAACAAAGCCUCUGGAUCUGAACCAGGCGCCACGAAAUCAGCAAUGGUUUCGCAACGAAACACAACAAAAUCAUUCACGAAAUUCACAAGAUACGACUGGCGACCAACCAAAGACCAAUCGGGUAACAACUGACUCUAGAUACUCUACUUCGUCAAUUCUCAAAUCUGCAUCAGAGCUCUCCUUUCAAACAGCAUACUCGUCGGGCUCUCCAAAUGGUCAGCACAUGAUCAAUAAUGACGAUGCUGAGCAACAGUCGGAUUCAGAAAUAUCGAUGGAUGAUGCGACGCCAAUAGUGGCUCCGAGCUCUCAUUUCGGUGCUACCACCCCUCAUUUAGAUGUCAAUGGAUCUUACGUGGACACAGAACAACACUCACCAGAUAGCUUCAAUUUCGUGGAAAAUAGUUCCAAUGUCCCCAAAAGCUCACAAUGGGCAGGACUAGGCCUUUCCUCUACAGAGCAGACCGCUGGCGGUACGACAGAAAGCACUCGAUUAUCCGAAAACUUUUCGGGACAAAAUGACCACACAACGAACCAUGUUCGAACAUCUCCAUCCAAAAUAUCCAAGUCGCAUCGGAGAUCAUUAAUGAGUUUGAAAAGAGAAAGCAUUCACAAUGCAUACACCAAGACACCUGUGGAGGCCCCAAAAGCCACCGAAGAAGGAAUUGCAGACCUAGUCAAUAUUGUGGAGCCUAAUGAGAUCAGCGCAUAUAGCGAAGAUUCUACUUUAUCUCACGAUGACUAUCACUAUCGUCUGGACGAUGAGAAGACAGGACCUAAAAAUAUCGAAAGAAAGCAUACAUUUAAGAGAAGCUCAGAGUUGGAGCUCGACGAAACAAAUUUGGCGUAUCUUUUUAUUGUAGCAAUCCAUUCCUUCAACUCCCAGUCACUGAAGAACCAGGAUGAUAUUGCUAUUUGUCUGUCGUUCGAAAAAAACGAUAUCGCUUUCGUGCAUACUGUGGAUGAAUCGGGCUGGGGUGAGGUAACACUUGUCAGCAACCAAAAACGAGGGUGGGUUCCUUUCAACUACUUCUCUGACAUGAUAGGAAGCUCUACAGACUUGGGGGAUAAAAUGAAAUCUUCACUGAAUAGAAGACCACCUUUAGCCAAGCUUCUAUCAUCGUCCGCCCAGUUUCUAUUGCAUCCUCAAGACUAUGUUUUGCCUGACGGGUCGGGUGUAAGCUUUUCCCUCAAGUACAUUAAUGGUAUAAGAGACGGCGUGAAAUUCUUACUUGAGACCACUGGUUGCGUCUCGCGAUCCAACGAACUCGUUAAGAAUAGAAUUGCGCUGAAGCGGUCCAGGAAACUUCUUCUCGCUGACUGGUACAAUCUUAUGAUCAAGGCAGAUUCUUACAAGUACACAACUGAUGAAAAAAGACUCCAAACUCUAACUAAUCUUACAUUCCAAAUUAUCAAACGGGGCCACGCUUUUUACUACGUGUGGUUUAUAGAGAAACAAGCUCAUGAAAAGGAAAAGAAGCUUGGUCUAACCCAAAUUCCAAGUUCAACAGAUGUAAUCAACGGGCACAUUGACGACCGAGGGAACAAGAAACUCGCACCAUCCAAUCACUCGAAUUUCCCUAAGUUGGAAUCACCUCCGUGGGCUGUUCAACGACUGAACGAAGUUCACGAUAUGUUAUUCUCGUACAUUGCCCUGAUCCUUGGGCGAAUGGAUAUGAUCGAACGCAAUGCUGCUGGGUGUGAGGUGUUGGAGACAGUUGUACACCAAAUCAUCAUUCUACUUCGUGAGUUACUAUAUAUCAGCAAAUGCUGUUCAUCCGUUGUUCAGGUCAAGUUUCCGAAGGUGCAACGAAAGGAGAUGUCAUUGGAUCAGAGCCUCGAUCCUUUGUUGUCUCUGGUCUCGGAACUCGUUUCUUGCAUCAAAGUUUUUGUUGUGCACUCGAUGAAUGAUGGUUCAGAGGAUAAAAAAGGUUUUCUCGGAAGCACUUUUGUGAGGGAUGAGGAUUACACAUACACGGAUGACGGGAAGCGAUUGAUGGCAAUUGUUUCAAAGAUGACUGGCUUCAUUGGUGUUGCCAUUCAGCAAUGCCAUCGCUACUUGAAGGUGACUGGAAAUUUCCAACUAGGAGAAGAACGGUCUUAUCCUGAUCUUGAAGUAAUCAAGAUAACAUCAGAACAGUUUGUCAAACGAUGCUCUGUUGGACUAACCAAAAUAGCAGAGGCGAGACAAGAACAGAGAAGUAGUAUUCCCGCUGCCGCUGUGGCUAAAAAUGGUCAUCCUUAUGCCAAAAAGCUUUAUCGAUACUCACUGGUGAGAGCAGGAAGUAACGGCAUAACACCUUCCGGAAGCCAGCUGCUUCAAGAGGUUAUACCUGACAAUAAACCGUUUAUCGAUGACAGUUCUUUUGAUAAAUAUAAACUUUCGGAGAGUGAGUCGGAACCUACCACCGGACAUGACAAUGUGAACGAUAGAGAGCGCAUACGAACCGAAAUGGUUUUCGAUAAUGAUGGGAAACUGCUGGGUGCGUCAAACCGUGCUUUGAUUUUCAUCCUUACUGAUGAGCUAGAUCGUCCAAGCGAAUUUUUAAUUGCAACCUAUUUGUUGAACUAUCGCUCUUUCUCAAGCCCCCUGGAUUUUAUUGCUGAGCUUAUUGCAAGAUUCGAUCUACCGGAUAAGUCCUUCGCAUAUGAGCGGGAUGUCAGAAAUGGGCAAUAUUCGUCGAGGUCUUCAAGGCUCAAAAAUAGACGUCGCAUGGUGUGCCAUAUUUUUCAAGUCUGGAUGGAAAGCUAUUGGGAUUAUCAGAGUGAUUUUACUUACUUAUCCACAAUUAUCAAUUUUUUCAACGAAGGUAUUUCCAGCCAUCUCCCACUCGAAGCGAGAAAUCUCAUUGAGACAGCAGCCAUUCUUUUUUCAAAAGCGACUGCAUCCGAGUAUCAAAGCUCUUUGGCAGCUUCUCAAAUUAUGCCGAGAGAAAUAGUUAUUCCGAGCAGACAUUCAAUAAUCUCACUGGACUCUGUUGCAUCAAGCAAAAGGUCAACAGUCAUAUCGGUGGACGAACAUGUGCUAGAGGAGUAUGAACUUACAAAACUGCCUUCUGGCAGGACAAGCUCCAUAUCUAUACCACUUCCAAUGUUAAAUAUUGGGACGUCGUCGCUUCUGGGACGCAGACAAAUCGCCGAAAUGGAGCGUCUUACCAAAAACUAUCACUCUAUGCUAUAUCCAUCAAGCUUCGAUUUCAGUAGUGCUGAUACUAAAACCGAACCUGACUUGAUUUCUAUGCUUUGCGAGUGGUCGUCACUAAUUCAAAGAUCCGCUUUCGAGAACCCUCCUGCAGGUUUGGUUCAUAACGACCUCAAUCUCGUGGAGCUGAACCCUUUGGAAGUUGCCAAGCAACUUUCACUGAUUGAAUCGGCAUUAUUCGUGACGGUGAAGCCUGGAGAGUUACUCAAUCAGAAACGCAGCACAAGCAAAAACGACACCACGAGCUCUCCUGACAUCGAGCGGAUCAUUGAUUUCUCUAAUGUGUUAUCCAAUUAUGUUAUUGAAUCUGUUGUCGCGCCAAAACUAAUGUUGAAGGCGCGUGUCAAUAGACUUACUGCCUGGUUGAGCAUUGCUCUCUCUUCGUUGUAUUUCAGAAAUUUCAACUCUGUUGCAACGAUUAUGACAGCUCUCCAGAGUCACAUUUUGGGCAGACUGGCGCCUAUUUGGAAGGGUUUGAGCGACAAGCAUGUUGAGCUAUUCCACUACUUAUCAAAAAUUGUUCACCCUAACAAAAACUACAGCGUUUAUCGAACUAAAUUGAAGAGUUUGGCUACAGAUUUCACACCUUCGGAUAACAUGUACACCAAGUGCCACCUCCCAUCUGUUCCAUUCUUUGCAUUGUUUCUACGAGAUAUGGCGAUAGUUCAGGAGGGUUUAAAUGACUUCCGUGAUCCAUCUUCGUUCAGACCCAAUCGACUAGUCAACAUGGACAAAUUUAACAGACUUACAAAAACAGUUUCUCUUCUGCAGUUCUUCCAAGUUCCAUACGACACUAAUGAUAGACCAAACCUUUUGGGAAGCGGAAGAGAUUCUUUUUUCAAUCUCUCCGGCAAUUCGGAUAUCGAUACUACUGGAAUUAAGCCCGUUUUACUACUACAAAAGUUCAUGCUGUAUGAACUUUGGCGUGUGAAUGGUCUUUAUACUGACGACAGAGACCGAGGCUACAAUCUCAGUUUGUCUCUAAGUCCUAAAAAUGAGUUAUAG